AUGGAAAAUUCAUUUCAAAGUGUUCUUGUAAUUUUUCAAAAGUCUGUUGCAGUUCUUGGUUCUUCUACUUCAAAACCAGAAAAAGAACCAAAAUUAAUAAAAUCAUUUUUUACUUUUGCUUGCGGUCAAGAACAUUGCGAGACAUGGAAAAGUUAUGACUGUUAUGAACCUAAGCUUUAUUAG